AUGGGAAACAAGUACGCUAAAAGGAAAAAAUACGAGUUAUGUGAAAUUCAGUACGAAAAAGAAUUCGAACUGAAGUAUCCCUGGAAUGAAAUAAUUAAAUGGGGAAAUCAAGACUUAAACAUACAUAUGAAUAUUGUGAACAUUGAGAAAACAAUUGAAGAAAUAAAAGACAUAACAAUAGAUGAAGAGACAUUUUUUAAUAUGACUGAUGUGCCACAAAUUGACCCAUUUCAUUUCGAUAAUGAUUUAGUUACAUGGGCUAAAUCUCUGUUAAAAGAAAAUCAAAAUUUAAAGAGAAUAAGAUACAAUCUUGUUCCCAAGAUUAUUAGUGAAAACGAAUUUUGGUUAAGAUAUUUUUCAGCGAUGAAACUAAUAGUUACGAAAAAUGCAUUCGAGGGUGAUCAAAGAUGA